UAUCUGCCGCGUGAGCAGUUGGUGAGUUUGUUACAAAAGUUGCAAGCGGAAAAUACGCAUUUGCGCAGUCAGCUAUCCGAUUGUCAAGAACGAAAUCGAAUAUUACAACACACGCUCCCGUCAAUGCUCAAGGAAUUCCUCGCACGAACAGCCAGUCAGUGGACACCCAACAAACUGCUCACGUUUGCGGAUCACUGUCCGACGCGGUCCUCAACCCGGCUGGCCACGGAUCAACCCACGGAUGUGCAGUGCAGUCCAAUUCAUCCACAAGACGGUUUGAAUUACUCCCAAGAGAGAUCGAGAUCUCCCGCUUACAAAGUUCAGGAAACACAAACUACGGAAUUUCGUCUGAGAUCUACCGAACCUGAAAUGGUCACCAAUUCGCAACCGGUUGCUGCGCAUAUGCCAUUGUUCUGUUUGGGCAAUCAUCUGUCUGUUCAACCGCCUAAAGAAAUUGCCAUAUCCGCCUCCAUGGGGGAAACGCUUAGCGAUAAGGAAUCCGGUUUCACACCAACGGAUCUCAUCCAGACCCCACCGAUUUCGAAUGUGAAAACCAACGGUCCGGACGAGCAGACAGACAGUCCGAACAGUAGAGGGCGUUUGGAUCCGAUGCGAGUCGAGAUUAGUCGAACGGAAUUCCGACGCAUUGAGGCCACAAUCCUGUCCGAUCCGCGUGUUGUGGAGAGUCGGGAUUGGGCUGCAUACAUGCAAGCAAACGAAUGGACUCGUGCCACCUGUUCUCUCAUGUCCGCCCUGUUCACAUCCGACCAGAUGGCACAAUGUACUGUAUUGGGUCGAGGUGUCAAAGAACCACGACAACGAUUGCCUGUGGAUCGAGCCACCUAUAUUGUCGCCGUAAUCUCCGAACGAUUUCGGGUUGCUCCGACACGUAUUCGAGCACGCAUGGCUCAGAAAUGCAAGGACGAACGACGCAAGCAUCGAAAUCAUUUAUUGAUGAGCAUGCAACUUCAUUGA